AUGAAAAUAUAACCUCUACGUUUGUUUUUAAAAUGUCGUGGUAAAAUGUGGUAUAGCGCAAUAUUUCGUUUUAUACGGCGCAGAUUAUUUUUAGGACUCCUGUUAUUUCUUUCCUUCAGUUACUGCUUAUUUAGUUAUCUAGGAAAAACCGAUUUUCUUAAUAAUGAUGAUGUAGUAGUAGUUAAAAGAACCCAACCCUUCAUCUGGAGAAGUCUUCAACAGCACAAUUCUAGUAGUGACAACACUAUUUGCAGAAAUUCGGUUCAAGGAAAAGUACUAAUUGUCGAUGACAGAGGUUAUUUAUGCCCCAGAAACGAAGUUUUUCAAAACGGAUGCUGCAACGAACAAUCCACAAGUGUAGUGCAAUAUUCUUGCGAAACCUGUAAACCUAAUAACUGUUGUACUAUUUACGAACAUUGUAUAUCGUGUUGUUUACAACCUGAUAAGAAAGAAGUACUGGAAAACGUUUUAGGGAAAGCUUCAGAACAAAUCUUAUUUGCUUCUGUUACGGAUCAUUUCGAACUAUGUUUAGCUAAAUGCCGCACUAAUUCGCAAAGUGUGCAACAUGAAAACUCCUAUAAGGAUGCCAAAGCUAAGCAUUGUUUUGGUGAAGUAGCUCCUGUUAAUAUAGAUAAUGAAGUAUAACAUUGGGUACAUGUUGAAUUUAUUUUGUAUACAAUAUUUUUUGGUGCUUUUCUAUAAAAGUGGAUAAGAGGUAAACAAACUUCUUAUAUUGUUAUUUGAUAGCUAGAAAACCUAAAUAGGUUUGAUUUGUAAUCAAAAUUCAAUGCCUAAGAGAUUAAAAUCAAUUUAUUUGAUAUAGUAUUGAGUUGCCAUUGUAUUGCAGUCUUUUCUUUUUUGUCGUGUUUAAGAUAAUUUUAAAAUAUGUCAAGUAUAAAAGGAAGAAUUUGUUUAUUUUUUGUGUAAUGUGAUUAAAUUGAUUUUAUUAUUAAAGUAUAUAAAGUAAAGGCACCAUAAUUGACACAAUUAGAAUCUCUUAUGGCAUUUAAAUGUAUUUUUGGGGAUCUAGUAAUUGACAGCUAUUAUUCAGUUGUUGACACUCCAGUAAUUGACAAGUGGUACACCUAUUAUUGACAAAAACUUUAUUUUUUCUUCAUCACAUAAGUAUAUGGAAUUAUUAAUGACUUAGUAAUAACAAAAGUAUUUAUCAUCAUUGGUUCCAGCAAUAUAGAUGCUUUUGUCGCCCUUCUUUGUCAGUACCUUAUCACUUUUUAGUUGAAGAAAAAACGCACUUUCAUCGCGAUUGAAAACGCGUGUUGCGUUAUUAGUUACAUCUAAUAGAUCCUUAAACUUCAGAUAAGCUCUAAUUUCCCAAAACCAUUGUCAAAUUUUCUCUUCUGAUACCUCAUGCCAGAGUUAAAUUUUGUGCAACUCUUAGACUUAGAUUUGGGUCAUUUAUAAGAAAUGAACUGAACCAUUUUCUACCUGGGUGAGAAUUUUUAAAAAGAUGCGGACAUUUCUUUUUUGCAGUAAAGUUGUAUACUGUCUAAUAACUGAUCUUUAUGAACAGGGUGAUGAGCUUUAGCUGAAUAUAGUAUCCAUUCUUCUACCAAAUAUUCUUCUUCAGAGGUAAGAACUGUAGUUGGUCCCAUACGACAUUCUACGGGCAGCUUUUCACUUGACUCAAUUGACUUUUGCUACAGUUUCCAGAGCUUCAUUUAUCUGCUCUUUGGAAUAUUUUUUUGGUACCACAACUGCAAUGAGUUUCCAGUAACUGACACCUAAUGUACCUAUACGUGACAUUUAUGUCAAUAACUGGAACCAUUGACGUUUUAGAACUCUUAUUAAAAGAUGAACUUUCUGUGUAUUAAAUUUAUAAAGACUUCCAGUCAUUGACACAUAUGUAAAUAAUUGGUACAUGAUAAUAAUCACUUGAUCCAGUCAUUGACACCCACGCCGACUUCAGAUCAUAAGUUUUACUGAUAAAAACGCACCAAAUAUCCUUUGAUUCAUACUUAAAUUGUACCCUCGAUAAUAUGGAGUGAAAAAAAUAUUUGAUUCAAUUACCUUGACUAAUCUCUUAAAUUUUCAUAUCUAGCUGGUAAGGAAACUUUUCACUUUUGAAAAGACAGGGAGUUAUCAGCUGAUUUGUUACAUACGUAGUGCAGUGUUGCCAAAUAUCAUAUUUAUUAAGUUUUUGUAUUGAAAAUCGCUCUGAAACAAUUAUGUCAAUAACUGGUGCAUUUACCUUAAUAUAAAUAAAACUUGUGACCAAAGAUUUUACUAAUUGUUAAAAAAACUACACUUGCAAUCACAUUUUUCUGUGGAUUUGAAGAAAUUCUAUAAGCUAUUAAUUUUAACAACUUAGUCUAAUGCCUAACAUUUCCAAUAAAGUCAAAAUGUAUCUGUUUUUGGUAUUUUUUGAAAUAGUUUUUCUAGAAUCAUUUUUUUGGUAUACAAAAGUAUAUUUUUAGUAAAUUUCUUCCACAACUGCAGUGAAGUAAUCACCAUGAUCAAUAGCAGUACAUGCAGUAUGUUCUUUAAAUAUGUACUUCUCAGAAAAUUUGCUUUUGUGGUAAUUUAAAAAAUAGUAGAAUAAAAUUUGUAGCUCCAGUAAAAUAGGUUAAACCUUGAGUCUGUAUUUGCCCUUUCUUCAUAAUUAUUUCCAUUGUGUGACUAGUAAAGUGGAUAAAGUGUCCCCCAGCUUCAGUCCUCUUUUUGUCUGGAAACUUUCUGCCUUCUUUCAGACGAUACUUUGAUCUCAGACUAGAUUUUGGUCUUGAUUAUUGUUUUCAAGAGGGAGAUCUAGUCCGUCGUGUUUCGCCCUUCCAUAAAGCCUUACUGAUAUUCACCGAAUUCUUGGUUAUGAAUUGUUUGUUCACUACAUCCAGUAGUGCUGUGCCCUUGUAGUACUCGCAGCAGGUUUUAUUUUACAAUAGAGUGAAGAAUGUCCUUGCAAGUUUCUAGUUAUGAAUAUUGAAUAUUUUACUUUAGUUCAAUAAUUCUGAUUAAUAUAAAAUUAAUAUUGUUUAUAGAAAACAAGACUUGUGACACUCACACUCUUAUGACGUAUAAUUUUAAUACUUUGGGAAACUAAAAGGUUAGAAAGUGAGUUUUGAUUUCUAUAAAUUAUGUUUAGUAUAUGUAACUAUAUUGAAAAUAAAAAUUUUAUAUAAAAA